UCGGUAUUCGGCCAUUUUAAAAAACUUAACUUUUUUAUGACCACGGCGUUCGGUCAAACAGCCAAUUGUUUUAAAAAUGGCGAAUGUCGGUAAAGUGCUGGCCACAAUAAAAGCUGUUAUAACAAGAUUAGUGUUCGCCUGCCACGGGAUCAUAGCUAUUUGGCAAGUCACCGUGUCCAUGGACGACAUCACAUAUUGGUAUUUGGCGUCACCAAUUUUGCUGCUCAUUUUCGAAGGCGUCUUUACGCUGACUAUUAAAGAAAACCAGGAAUGGAAAUGGUUCUGCCCGUCAGUGUUCAUCUACCUGGGCCUGGUGGUGCCUGCCAUUUGGCUCCUGGAGUUACAUAAGGUGGACGUCAGAGUCAACAAUCAGCAAACUCCAAGCAACGAGACUACAAUAGGCUUGGGCGUAGCAGCGAAGAUCCCGACAGACAUGUGGGUGACGCUGAUCGAGCAGUUCCUCAUGCUGACCCUCAUCGUGGGCCGCUGGCUGCUGCCCAAGGGUGACCUGACGAGAGACCAGCUCAGUCAGCUACUGCUCGUGUAUAUUGGAACAGCGGCCGACAUCAUAGAAUUCUUCGACUCCUUCAAAGACGAGAAGGUCGCAUCGGAGAAGGUGCUGGUGCUCCUGACCCUGGCCAUCUGGUCGUGGUCGCUGGUGCAGUUCACUGUGGUCCUGACUGCGACCAAAAGUCGCAAGUCGCGCGGCACCGCUAAUAGGUCCGACAUGAACAGCAGAGCGUGCUGCUGUUCAAUCGAGGUGUGCGCCAUCAUGAUGAACAUCGCCCUCCAGGACGCCCCGUUCCUGGCCUUCAGACUCCUCAUCAUCGCGCACUACAAGAUCAUCAACUAUAUGAACAUCUUCUUCACCUGUAAGAAUACCCUGGUAAUACUUCUUCAAAUCUACCGUCUAUACGUCCUACACCUGGAAACGUCAGACGACGGUGGCUCCUUCUAUCGGAAGCCAAAACACAAAGAACACAAGAAGAAGGAACACCGGAAACACAGGGACAGGGAACACAAAAAGCAUCAUAAGUCGAAGCAUAAUAAGCACGAAGGCGAGACGUCUAUAUCCGUCAUCACAGACAGGCGGCAGGAAAGGGUUGAGGGCGGGCGGAUCCGAGCCAUAAUUUUGACCAACAACGACGAGAUUGAGGAGUUGGAGCUCAGCAGGCUGUUCAAGGACCAGGUCGGGCUGGAGAAUGAGAAGAAACGAGGCAAAAAGAAGCAAAAGUCGGAGUCAGAAGAGUCCCUGAACAAUGUCCACCACACGACUGAUGACUCCGGUAUUUGACACCAGAGGCGACGCGACAGCCCGCGAAGACACAGGCAUGAAAAGAAAGAGAAGAAAUGCAAGAAAAAGCACGUCUCCAGCGACAGUAGUGACAGUUCCAGCUGAACAUAUGACCGUAGCUUCUGGGUUUCCAUUUUGACAGAUCGACUUGGCGUGUGACGCCAUGGGC